AUGGAAGUAAAUGAAAUGAAAGAUUUUAGGGUUUGGUUUGUAGAAGAGAAGAAGCUUACCGUCAAGAUGAGGACCGCCACGGAGACCAGAAGCUCGGCGAUCUCUCCGACGAUGGUGGCGGUAUUGGAGCUAGGAAUAGUGGUGCAUUCCAUUGUAAUAGGACUAUCAGUAGGAGCCACUAACAAUACUUGCACCAUCAAAGGUCUCAUUGCUGCUCUUUGUUUCCACCAAAUGUUCGAAGGCAUGGGUCUCGGUGGCUGCAUCCUCCAGGCGGAGUAUGGAUGGGUGAAAAAGGCGGUGAUGGCUUUCUUUUUCGCGGUCACAACGCCUUUUGGAGUUGCUUUAGGGAUGGCAUUAUCUAAAACGUACAAAGAGAAUAGUCCUGACUCGCUUAUUACGGUUGGGCUACUCAACGCUUCUUCGGCUGGACUACUCAUUUACAUGGCUCUAGUCGACCUUUUAGCCGCAGACUUCAUGGGUCAAAAGAUGCAACGGAGCAUCAAGCUUCAGAUGAAGUCAUACGCAGCCGUUUUGCUUGGUGCCGGUGGCAUGUCCGUCUUGGCUAAGUGGACUUGA